AUCCAAUAUGGCGACUGCAUCAACAACAACGAUUCGUGAUCUGGGUAACUUACAGCAACUUCCAAAGGAAGAGAAAACCUUCUUAACAAAGGGCCUUAAAAACAGGAGUUUGUUUCCAGCUCUGCCAGAGCCAGAUGAAGAUGACUGGCUGUCGUCGCACUCUGAAAUGAAACAGUCGCAUGAUUCUUGGUGGCAAAGAUUUCAAUCUGUCAUUUCGCCCGUCAGAGAGAAGAAGAAAAGAAUAUAUCUUGUGCCUCUGGGAGAAAAAUGGGCAACCUCUGAAGUAGAACUGGAUAAAAUUGGCACUAAAGAAAGCUUUUUAUCGCUUCUACAACGAUUUGCAAGUGUAUUUUUCACCGGUUUUCACGUUGUUGUCCUUCCGUCUGUUUCCAUAGCGGAACUGAAAUGCAAGACACGAUGGCAUGGUGGACAUAGACAGCUAUUAAUUCCAGAUAUCUAUAAAUACCUCCAAAGUAAAUGGCCAUCUGACGCUUUCUGCGUUGUGGGAAUCACAAUGAUGGACUUGUACCCAAGGGAGAGCUGGAAUUAUGUGUUCGGACAGGCCUUACCUUCAGCCGGUGUCGGAGUGUUCAGUUUUGCAAGAUACGAUCCACUCUUUCACGAAAAAGAUAGCACGAAAGCCUUGUCAUCUAACACGAGUACCCUUGUGCUGUGGAGAAGUUGUAAGGUAUAUUAGGUCUUUAGUCCCUAAAAGUUACUAACAUCUAAUUUCUCCUUCCAAAAUCAGCCCUAAAUCAAAUAUUAAGGUCACGAGAAUAAAAGAAAUGAUCACCACCUAAAGAAACAAUUGGAUGUUAGAGUGUAAAGUGAUCGGAGAUGAUUUCCUCCUUAACCCUUUAACUCCCAUGAGUGACCAAGAUACAAUUUCUCCUUACAAUAUCAACACAAUAUUAAUCAGGUAAGUGAUGAGAAUAAAGAAAAGUAUCAAUGUGGGGAUAAUUAGCUGAUCCAACACUAAAUUCUCUGAACUAACAUUCUAAGAAUUGUAUGGUUGACAGUAAGGAGAAUUACAAAUUUCAUGUGGGAGUUAAAGGGUUAAUCUAUUUUUUUUUAAUGUCAGAAUAGGAGAAUUAAGACAUUAAAUGAUGUAAUGAUGGGGGGGUGGGUGGAGGGAAGGGCAGGGGACAAGAACCAGAAGGGUGUCUGGUGGGAUGUUGGCAAGGAGGGUUGUAUGAAGGGUUUUUAUGAUACUGGGUCUCCAAAGCAAAACAUUUCACCCUAGUUUUUAAUUUACACAAACAUGUUUAGUUGACAGCACAUGAACUGUCAGCCAUAGGUAGUUGCUUUUGGAGAUAGGAGGUGCAUUGUCUAACUUCACUACUUCACUAUACCGGACAGAAGUCAAAUUUGCUUUCAACUGGAAGUUGCUAACUGAAAUUUGGUAGGAUGGGAUGUGAAAUUAAACAAUACUAAUUUAGUUUUUCACUCCCAAGAUACCUCAGUAUUAUUAGUAAUUCUCCUUACUGUCUACCAUACAAUUCUUAUUAUGUCAGUUUGGAGAAUUUGGAAUUGGAUUAACUAAUAAUUCCCUAAUUGAUAUUGAAGAAAUGUAAAAUGGUUUCCGUGUUUACAUAGCCUGAUGUAAACACGCAGGAGGUUGGGAGAACACAAGAUAAGCGCAGGAAACCACAACGCAAAGCGGAGUGGUUUCCAGCUUAUCAAGUGUUCUCCCAACCUCCCAAGUGUUUACAUCAGGCUAUGUAAACACAGAAACCAUUUUACAUUUCUUUUAUAAAAUAACUAAUGAAAGAGGAACAAAAACCGUGUUUACAUACGCUCAUGUAAAAUGGUUUUAUGGCCAAUUAGAGUGCGUGUACUAUUUGAAUUAUUUUGUAAUUUUCUUUAUUCUCGUCACUUUUCUGUCUGAUAUUGUGAGGACAAAGUCUUUUUAGCUCGUUCACAGGAGUUAAAGGGCAAUAAAGCAGGAAUAGAAUAAAUAUUUUUAUAGGGCAGCAGUAUCUCAUAGGGCUAAGGGUAAUUGAUGCCUUUGUCUUGUUUUUAUAGGUCAUGGCUCAUGAGAUAUGUCAUUUGUUUGCCCUAAAACACUGUGUGUUCUUUUCAUGUGCUAUGAAUGGAAGCAACCAUCUUCAGGAGUCUAACAACCGUCCAAUGUUUUCAUGUCCUAUCUGUCUUCACAAAUUGAAAUCCUGGUUUGGAUUCAAUAUGAAAGAGAGGUAUCAAGUACUGCUGGAGUUUUGUAGCUCUGUUGAAGAUGAAAACUUUCAAGGAGCAACCAUUUGGUUACAAAAAGCAAUUAAAGAACUUUCAUGAACUUUUCAGCGUAUUACCAUCAAAACACAUAGUAAUACAAGCAAACUUGCCCCUGCCCCAAGUUACCAGAUUUGAAAACCCC